AUGGCACCACCAUCAGUCGAGAACGGCUCAGACACCUCUACUGCCAAACGACGCCGCAUCGCUCUUGCAUGCAAUGCUUGUCGUCUGCGCAAAUCCAGUGCCCUCGCUGACGUGCUAGAUGUGAUGGCACGCUACGAGCCUGGCGACUCGGCUGCCAACGUGAUCGUUCGUAAGCAGUAUAUAUCAGAUCUAGAAUCACGUGUCUACAAUGUCGAGCAGGUAGUCCACCGACUCAAUUAUUUCUUCGAAGGCCAUCUGUCUGCCUGUGCUACUGCUACUGGCAACGCUACUGUUACUGCUGCUGCUGCUGCUCAAUCUCGUCUUCCCCGCAUUCCCUCACCACCUGCACCGUUAUCAUCAGCUCUUGAAGAAGAGACCAACGAUGGUAGCCACCCGCAUGCAACGGGCCUUGAAGAGCCUCAGGAUGAAGAUGCUACCACGAAUGGAAUGGCUAUGACCUUUGUGGAAGAGCACACCUCGGCAUUCUUUGGUGGCUCCUCGAACAUCAACUUCACCCGACUUCUUCUCAAAGCUGUCAAUCACAUUCGUAAUCCUGCCCGGCGACAGGGAGCGACAGUGGGCCAACAACAUGAACUCAGCGAAACCAACCUUGCAAAAGCCUCUCGGUCUUACACGAACCCAGUUGCGGCAUCACCAGACACAGGUCCAAAAGCAAUGACUACUCUUCCUCCAGCUCAAGAGAUGGAUCGCAUGCUUGAUGUUUACUUCAAAACCGCCGGCACAGUCUUUCCUUUCAUCCAUGAAGAAUCGAUGAGAAAGACAUAUACAACCUGCAAAGCAAGUAAUUGGACCAGAGUCCGCAGGACCUUCUUAGGCACCCUCAAUGUCAUCUUUGCCACGAUAGCCAGUGCAGACCAGGAUGCAAUACCAUCAGCGCGGGAACGGCAAGAGAGGUCUAAUAUCUUCUUCAACAGAGCCACAGCUCUUUGUAGUGAAUUAUCAAAGCAAGUCAUCAGCAUCGAGAUCGUCCAGUAUCUCGUCCUAGUCGUCAUUCAUUGCCAGGGUGCUCAGCGCUCAGUGCAAGCGUGGAAUAUUCUCGGACUUGCCGUUCGCUCAGCCAUGGCGUUAGGUCUUCACAGUGCCCAGGCCCGCGAAGGCAUUGAUGAAUUGCAGGCCGAGUAUAGUCGACGAACAUGGGUUGUGAUAUACUGCAUGGACAAGGUUCUAAGUGUUGCUUUUGGACGGCCAGCUAUCAUUCCGGAUGAGUACAUGCUGGACCAGCCAUCACCAUCCUCUGAGCUUGCUAUGCCAACUCCAGAUAGCGCUGGCACGGGCGUUGACAUUCCUGGCGAUUUCCUCGCGGUUUCAUUCCGACUGCAUCAAAUCAUGAACGGCUCUCUGAGACAGCAAUACGGCGGCAAUGUCCAUACUGCCGAGCCAGAGCCGGAUGAUAUGAUGUCUCUACAGGCUUCAGGCCAGCUGAGAAAGGAACUCCGUGCAUGGUCUGCAAGUCUGCCCCCGUACCUGCGACUAUGCGAGCCCAAAGCAAAAGUACUGUCUGAAAAUAGCUCCGUAAAUCGUCUUAGGGUGAUUCUGACACUGAGGUACCACAAUAUCAAUAUGCUGAUUCACAGGCCACUUCUCUGCAGCACCAUUCGACACCUUUUUCUCGGUGGCAACUCUGUGUCUAAUGAAAACUCCUCCUAUAUUAUCCAGCUUGCGAUGGGAGAGGCUCACCAAUCCUUACGCUCGGCACAACAUACUAUCGAGCUCGUACAUACCAUAUUAAAGGCCGACCCAUCAGGGAGCAACAACCUCGGAGUUGCCUAUUUUACACUCCACUACGGUCAGUACGGCAUUACCUUACGAGAACCUUUUAGUCACUAA